AUGACAGAACCAGAGACCAUCGAACUAGAUCCAAGCUUCGAUGAUUCCUCUCUUAAAUCUAAGUUUACUCUGGUGGGCAAGUUCCUAUCUCCCAAAAGCCUUAAUAAGAAAGGGGUGGCAAAUGUUAUCGCUAAGGCGUGGCGAACCUCGGAGGAGGUUACAAUAGCAGCUUGGGGUGACAAUCUCUACGCCUUUGGUUUCAAAGCGGAAGACGAUGUUACCAAGAUCAUGAGCUUAGGCCCCUGGUCCAUUAUGGGGUGCCUCAUGAUCCUUUGUAAAUGGGAUGGCCAAAAAACCCUUAAAGAGUUGGAUUUCAGUUUAAGCCCUUUCUGGGUUCAGAUUCGGGGCCUCCCUCUAGGUUUUUUGAACGCUCGUAGUGGGAUGAAGAUUGCGGAAACUUUGGGGGAGGUUAUCACAGUCGAAGACCCGGAUGGAAGAGGUAAGCCCAUGAGAUUUAUUCGAGUUAGAGUUUGGAUCGAUAUUACCAAGCCCCUAAAAAGGGCUUCUUUCUCAAGCGUCAUGACGACGAGGAUGCUUGGGUUAAAUUCAAAUAUAAGCGUCUGUCGGACUAUUGCUACUGUUGUGGAAGGGUAGGACAUAAUGUCAAUGAUUGUGGGGAUAAAGGUGGGGCUUGAGAUAUCAACUGGCCUUUCAAAGAUCUUAGAGCAGAGAUCUCGUGGAUGGAUACUAUUCAGUAUGGUGAUAGAAAGCCUAUUGAUCUGGUUUAUCCAGAUAGCAGGGGCAACUUGGAUCGGAAUAAAGUUGCAGCGGGCUGCGCGUGCAACUCGCAGCUUGAGAAACACAUGGGGGAACAAAAAGGACAAUUGGUACG